AUGAAGAUGCAAGUAGAUUUUUAUGCAGGAAGGCUCAACGUCACCAUUGCGAGGAGUGAUAGACGGAUCGGACGUUGGAUUGACCGGAAUGUCCCCGCCGGUGAUAACUGUUCACUUGGAGCCACCGUACAGUGGCCACAGCCGAGGAACAGUCCCGCCGCUGUUCUCGCUCUAUGCUACGACCGGAGAUGCAUCCUAAUCCAGCUUUGUUACCUUUCUCGACUCCCCAAGCGUCUCCUCCGUCUCCUUCGCUCUCCAUCCGUCACACUCGCCGGGAUCUGGAACGGACACGAUGGAGCUAAGCUUCUGCAGCAGAACUCCGAUCUCCAGGUGCGUUCACUGAUAGACCUCCGCAACGGUGCGGGAGAAGAAGAUGACGGUGUUGCUCUCCGCAAUCUCUCUAGCACCGAGAUCAUUGUUAGGAGUGAACCUAAUCACCCCUCUGAUACCUUAGAACACAAGUUGCUUUGA